UCAACUGGGCAGAGGGAGAGUACGCGAAAAGUUGCGUUUCCACCCUCCCUAAUCAUACACCCCAUCCUUUAUUUUGAACCAACGCUCCUCUCGAUCCGUCUCUCUCUCUCUCGCGGAGCCCCCACCCCCCAUCUCCACCACCCUGCUGCUGCCACUACGGACCGGAGCAAUCGAUCGUCUCCGUCUUGAUCCGCCCAUCCCACCUAACGCCGGCCGCCGAUUCGGAGGUCCACCGGGGUUUGGGCUUGAUGGGGUUCGACGGACUGGUGGUGGUGUCCGACCCCUACCUGCAGCGCCGCUUCACGCAGACCGACCUCCGCGCGCUCCAGGCCCAGUACGCGGCGCUGCGGGAUGCGGCGCCCAGCGGCAGGCUGCGGCUUCGGGACCUCCCCGCCGCCCUGACCAGCCUCGGGCGCGCCGCCUCUACGGCCGGAGGGAAAGGGGGCGAGGUGCGCGGGGACGCCGAGAAAGAGAACAGCUCGCCGGAGCCGGGGCUAACUGACGAGGAGUGGGCCUCUGUGCUCAAUGCCGUCGCCCGCCCCGACCACAAGCCGCCGCAGCACGACGUCAAUUUCGAGUUCUUCCUGCGCGUCUACGCAGAGAUGCAGCUGCGGCUCAAGGGUGCCAGGAAGGUGCGCGGGGACGGCGGCAUCAAGCGCUCCUCCUCCUCCUCCGCCGCUUUCCUCACGGCGUCUACCACCACGCUGCUGCACACCAUCAGCGAGUCCGAGAAGGCCUCCUACGUGGGCCACAUCAACGCCUACCUCGCCGAGGAUCCCUUCCUUAAGAACGCCCUCCCUGUCGAUCCGGCCACCGAUCAGCUCUUCCACCUAACCAAGGACGGCGUGCUUCUAUGUAAGCUCAUUAACUUGGCUGUGCCGGGCACAAUAGACGAGCGCGCGAUCAACACCAAGAGGCUGCUCAACCUAUGGGAGAAGAAUGAGAACCACACGCUCUGCCUCAACUCCGCCAAGGCUAUCGGCUGCACUGUCGUCAACAUUGGCACGCAAGACCUCGCGGAGGGGAGGCCUCAUCUUAUACUAGGGUUGAUAUCUCAGAUUAUUAAGAUACAACUAUUAGCAGAUGUGAACCUGAAGAGUACACCUCAGUUGGUUGAAUUGGUCGAAGACAGCCAGGAGAUGGAAGAGCUUAUGAGCCUUUCCCCAGAAAAAAUACUGCUAAGGUGGAUGAACUUUCAGCUGAAGAAAGGAGGUUUUCAGAGAACAGUAACAAAUUUUUCAUCGGAUAUAAAAGACAGCGAGGCAUAUGCAUGCUUGUUAAAUGUCCUGGCACCUGAGUGCAGUGCUAAACCAUCACCAAUGUCAGUAAAAGAUCUUCUUCACAGAGCAAGAUUAGUUCUUGAGCAUGCGGAUAGGAUGGGCUGCAAAAGAUAUCUGUCCUCAAAAGACAUAGUUGAUGGUUUACAAAAUCUAAAUCUCGCCUUUGUGGCUCAUAUUUUCCAGAAAAGAAAUGGGUUGUCCAAACAGAUGAAACAAGUUUCAUUUGUUGAUGGACUAUCUGAUGAUGCUCAAGUUUCGAGGGAGGAGAGGUCAUUUAGGCUAUGGAUUAAUAGCCUUGGAAUUUCUACUUAUAUCAACAACGUGUUUGAAGAUCUUAGAAACGGAUGGGUGCUCCUGGAGGUCAUGGAUAAGUUGGCUCCUGGCUCAGUUAAUUGGAAGAUGGCAAACCGACCCCCAAUAAAAUUACCAUUCAGGAAAGUUGAAAACUGCAAUCAAGUUCUGAAGAUCGGGAAAGAAAUAAAUUUUUCCUUGGUGAAUAUUGCUGGUAACGAUAUUGUGCAAGGAAGCAAGAAACUGAUAUUAGCUUUUCUCUGGCAAUUGAUGCGAUACAACAUCCUACAACUGCUGAAGAAUCUUAGAUUUCAUUCGAAUGGGAAAGAGAUCACGGAUAAUGACAUAUUGUUGUGGGCUAACAAAAAGGUUAAGGAUUCUGGAAAGCAUUCUCGAAUGGAAAGUUUCAAGGAUAGAAGCCUUUCAGGUGGCAUCUUCUUCGUCAACUUACUCAGUGCUGUGGAGCCACGAGUUGUGAAUUGGAGCCUUGUAACCAAAGGAGAAAAAGCUGAAGAAAAACAAAUGAAUGCUUCAUACAUCAUCUCUGUGGCAAGAAAGCUUGGCUGCUCCAUCUUCUUGCUACCAGAAGAUAUCCUGGAGGUAAACCAGAAGAUGAUGCUGACGUUGACAGCAAGCAUCAUGUAUUGGCAUUUGAAAAGGCCAACAUCAUAUUUACUGGACCCUGAAAACAGUAGUUCAACCGAGACAAGCUCCAUCUCAACUUCAGAUGAUUCAGCAUCUGAAUCAUCAAUCGAUGAUAGCGGAACUAGAUAGAUGAAGGUGGAUGGUCUUCUGCUAUUUGGGAAUUGGGGAGCAGAUGCAUUCAAGACCAGAGGGAAUGGUAAAGAAUUUUGUUUGAUUCAUUUGAGGUUUUGUAGUGUGCAAUGUGAUUCGGUGAGUGAUGUACAACAUCCUGUAAAUAUUCACAUAGAUAGCCACCAUCUGUAACACCAUAUAGUAGCAGCGUUUUUUCCUUGUCAAAAUCUACAUAGAUUGAUUUGUUCCUGAGCAGUUCUGCUUCUUACUGAUAAACGUUUGUGAUGCCAGUAGCGACAUGAAUUUGUUGGAGAA